AUGCGCAAUGAGAACAGUGGAUCCUACAUCAGCGCAAGCCCAGCAAGAUUCACUCGGCCUCCUCCACGUUUAGACUUCCGGUUUCCUCUUGUGCAGCUAUGUCGAGCCCUCUGUGAAAAUAAAAACCGUGAACAUUUGAUUUUCAGAGAUCUCCAGCAAGUUAUCUAUGAGCUAUCAUAUCAUGUCAUAAGGGGAACUCUAAAGCCUGAACAAGCAUCAAAUGCUCUCAGUGACAUUAUUGACUAUCGUGAGGAUAUGCCCUCCAUCCUAGCUGAUGUAUUCUGCAUCUUAGAUAUUGAGACAAGUUGUUUAGAAGAAAAAAGCAAAAGAGACCAUUUUACACAGUUGGUGUUAUCCUGUUUGUAUUUAGUUUCAGACACAAUUCUAAAGGAACGUUUGGAUCCAGAAACAUUGGAAUCUUUAGGACUUAUUAAGCAGUCCCAACAAUUCAACCAAAAAUCUGUUAAAAUCAAGACAAAACUUUUUUAUAAGCAGCAAAAAUUCAACCUCUUAAGAGAAGAGAAUGAAGGUUAUGCAAAAUUGAUUGCAGAAUUGGGGCAAGAUUUGUCUGGAAGUAUUACUAGUGACUUAAUCUUAGAAAAUAUCAAAUCUUUAAUAGGAUGUUUUAAUCUGGACCCGAACAGAGUUCUGGAUGUCAUUUUAGAAGUCUAUGAAUGCAGACCAGAAUAUGAUGAGUUCUUUGUACCUUUAAUAGAAUCCUAUAUGUAUAUGUGUGAACCUCAAACACUAUGUCAUAUUCUUGGAUUCAAAUUCAAGUUUUAUCAGGAACCAAAUGGAGAGACACCAUCAUCUUUAUACAGAGUUGCAGCAAUACUUCUGCAGUAUGAUCUUAUUGAUUUAGACGAUCUUUAUGUUCAUCUUCUUCCAGUGGAUAAUACCAUUCUUGAUGAGCACAAACAAGAAAUUGUGGAAGCCAAGCAAAUUGUUAGAAAACUUACCAUGGUUGUCUUGUCUUCUGAAAAGAUGGAUGAGAGAGACAAAGAAAAGGAAAAAGAGGAGGAGAAAACAGAUAAGCCACCUGACAACCAGAAACUUGGUUUAUUGGAAGCUCUGUUAAAGAUUAGUGAUUGGCAACAUGCACAAAACAUUAUGGAUCAGAUGCCCCCGUUUUAUGCUUCUUCACACAGGCCAAUAGCCAUUGCUCUUUGCCAGCUUAUCCAUGUUACUAUCGACCCCCUCUACCGAAGAGUUGGUGUACCUAAAGGUGCUAAAGGAUCAAUUGUUGCUCUGUUACAAAACAAGCGAGCACCAAAACAGGCAGAGAGUUUUGAAGAUAUGAAGAAAGAAGUAUUCGAUAUGCUCUGUCAUCUUGGUCCUCACCUUUCUCAUGAUCCCAUUUUGUUUGCCAAAGUGGUGCGCUUAGGGAAAGCAUUUAUGAAAGAGUUUCAGGCUGAUGGAAGCAAACAAGAAGAAAAAGAGAGAAUGGAAAUUUUGCUUAGCUGUUUGCUGACUAUUACAGAUGAGGUGCUACUUCCUUCUCUUUCUUUGAUGGAUUGCAAUGCUUGUAUGUCUGAAGAACUAUGGGGAAUGUUCAAAUCAUUUCCAUAUCAAUACAGGUAUCGUCUGUAUGGUCAAUGGAAGAAUGAAACUUAUAAUAGUCAUCCACUUUUGGUAAAAGUUAAAGCUCAAACGAUAGAUAGAGCCAAAUAUAUAAUGAAGCGAUUGACAAAAGAAAAUGUGAAGCCUUCUGGAAGACAAAUUGGGAAAUUGAGCCACAGCAACCCAACCAUUUUGUUUGAUUAUAUUUUAUCACAAAUACAGAAGUAUGAUAACUUAAUAACACCAGUAGUAGACUCAUUGAAAUACCUCACUUCAUUGAACUAUGAUGUCUUGGCCUAUUGUAUCAUUGAAGCUUUGGCUAAUCCAGAGAAGGAAAGAAUGAAACAUGAUGAUACAACCAUCUCGAGCUGGCUUCAGAGUCUAGCAAGUUUUUGUGGUGCAGUUUUUCGUAAAUAUCCAAUUGAACUUGCUGGUCUUCUUCAGUAUGUGGCAAAUCAGCUAAAAGCAGGAAAAAGCUUUGAUCUACUUAUUUUGAAAGAGGUGGUACAAAAAAUGGCAGGAAUUGAAAUUACUGAAGAAAUAACAAUGGAACAGCUAGAGGCCAUGACUGGUGGGGAACAACUUAAAGCUGAGGGAGGCUACUUUGGACAGAUCAGAAACACUAAAAAAUCCUCUCAGAGGCUAAAGGAUGCAUUAUUGGACCAUGAUCUUGCCCUCCCUCUAUGCUUGCUUAUGGCUCAACAGAGAAAUGGUGUAAUCUUUCAGGAAGGAGGAGAGAAACACUUAAAGCUUGUGGGAAAAUUAUAUGACCAGUGUCAUGAUACUCUGGUACAGUUUGGUGGCUUUUUAGCAUCUAAUUUAAGCACAGAGGAUUAUAUAAAGAGAGUGCCUUCAAUUGAUGUGCUUUGCAAUGAAUUCCACACACCUCAUGAUGCAGCAUUUUUCCUGUCUAGGCCUAUGUAUGCACACCAUAUUUCAUCAAAGUAUGAUGAACUUAAAAAAGCUGAGAAGGGAAGUAAACAGCAACAUAAAGUUCAUAAAUACAUCACAUCGUGUGAGUUAGUGAUGGCUCCAGUCCAUGAAGCUGUGGUCUCCUUGCAUUUGCCAAAAGUAUGGGAUGACAUCAGCCCUCAGUUCUAUGCCACGUUUUGGUCAUUGACAAUGUAUGACCUUGCAGUUCCACGUAACAGCUAUGAAAGAGAAGUCAAUAAAUUGAAAGUCCAGAUGAAAGCAGUUGAUGACAAUCAGGAGAUGCCUCCAAAUAAGAAGAAAAAAGAGAAGGAACGCUGUACUGCCCUUCAGGACAAACUUCUUGAAGAAGAGAAAAAACAAAUAGAACAUGUCCAGAGAGUUCUACAGAGACUAAAGCUGGAAAAAGAUAACUGGCUUUUAGCAAAAUCUACAAAAAAUGAGACCAUCACAAAAUUUCUACAACUGUGUAUAUUUCCUCGCUGCAUUUUUUCAGCAAUUGAUGCUGUUUACUGUGCUCGUUUUGUAGAAUUGGUACAUCAGCAGAAAACUCUAAAUUUUUCCACACUUUUGUGCUAUGAUAGGGUUUUCUCUGAUAUAAUUUACACAGUAGCAAGCUGUACUGAAAACGAAAGUAGUCGCUAUGGAAGAUUCCUCUGCUGCAUGUUAGAAACUGUGACAAGGUGGCAUAGUGAUAGAGCAAUAUAUGAAAAGGAAUGUGGAAACUAUCCAGGCUUCCUUACCAUUUUACGGGCAACUGGAUUUGAUGGCGGAAACAAAGCUGAUCAAUUAGACUAUGAGAAUUUUCGACAUGUUGUACACAAGUGGCAUUAUAAACUAACAAAGGCAUCUGUGCAUUGCCUUGAAACGGGUGAAUAUACUCACAUCAGGAACAUUCUUAUCGUGCUGACCAAAAUACUUCCUUGGUAUCCCAAAGUUUUGAACCUGGGCCAGGCUUUGGAACGAAGAGUACAUAAAAUCUGUCAAGAAGAAAAAGAGAAGAGACCUGACCUAUAUGCAUUGGCUAUGGGCUAUUCUGGGCAGUUGAAAAGUAGAAAGCCAUACAUGAUACCUGAAAAUGAAUUCCACCACAAAGAUCCUCCCCCAAGGAAUGCUGUUGCUGCCACUGUACAAAAUGGGCCCGGUGGUGUUGGCCUAUCUACAUCACUCACAAUAAAUGCAGCUAAAUUGGAAGAAAGCACUACUGAGGAGACUGAUAAAGGAAAGGAGAAGUCUCAGGGUGCUGUGAAAAUUGCCAAUAAAGCUGCCAAUUCAACACCUAAAGUGACUCCAAGUAAUGGGAACAAUGCUUCUAAUAGCAAAGUGACUAAAGAAAAUGACAAAGAUAAAAGUGGGAAAGAAAAAGACAGAGAAAAAAAAGAAAAGACUCCAGCUGCCACUCCAGAGGCCAAGGCACUUGGUAAAGAUGGUAAAGAAAAACCAAAGGAAGAGCGGCCAAACAAAGAUGAUAAGGCAAAAGAGAUCAAGGAAAAAACACCGAAAUCUGACAAGGAGAAGGAAAAAUUCAAGAAGGAUGAAAAAUCUUCUAAAGAUGAAAAAUUCAAGACAGUUGUUACCACCUCUGAAUCAAAGUCAGCUGUAGAAAAGGAAAGAGACAAGGAACCAUCCAGAGAGAAAGAUGUAGCGAAGGAAACGAAAUCCAAGGAAAAUAAUAAAGGAGGAGAAAAGACACCAGUUGCUGGGUCCUUGAAGUCACCUGUUCCCCGAUCAGAAACAUCAGAGUCUGAAAGGGAACAAAAACGCCGCAAACUUGAUAGCCACUCUUCUCCAUCACAUUCCUCAACAGUAAAGGACAACCUCAGCGAGCUCAAGGAGUCAUCGACAAAGCACUACAUUAAUCACACUACUCCAAUACUGUCCAAGAGUAAGGAGAGAGAAAUGGAAAAGAAAGAUUUGGACAAGUUAAGGGAAAGAUCCAGAGAGAGAGAGAAGAAAGAGGACAAGGACAGGAAAGAGCGGAAAAGGGAUCAUUCAAACAAUGACCGUGAAGUGUCCCAGGACUCCACCAAGAGGCGUAAAGAGGAAAAUGGAACAACUGGUGCUUCAAAACAUAGUAAAAGUGAAAGUCCAUCAGAUUCUCCUCGUUCAAAUGAGAAGGAAAAAAACAAAUCUAAGUCUUCAGGCAAAGACAAAGGCACCGAUUCCAUUAAAAUGGACAAAAUGGAGAAAAGCUCUUCUGGUAGCAAAAAGGAUUCUCGGCAUGAUAAGGAAAAAACAGAGAAAAAAGAGAAACGGGACAGUACAGGAGGAAAGGAGGAGAAGAAGCAAUAUCCUGUGAAAUGGAAAGAUUGUCAUCUUUGACCAGAAAUGUCUUUUCCUAAGUAGAUGGCACAGAAAUUUGUGAACAAAGAGGACCCAUCUACAUCUCCUUAAAUUAUUCAGUUUUCUGCUUUAUUUUCCCCAUGCUGAAAACCUAAAAAUUGUUGAGUUGUGCAUUUCUGUAUUUUAACUUGUUGCUUAGACUGGUUCUUCCACAUUUAUUUUCAGUACAUGGCUGAAAGUGUUACUUAUUCCCUAUUUUUUUUUAGCACAAUGUGCUGCAAACAGUUGCCAUGGAGCAAAUAAGGAGGUUACAUGUGUACUAGAAUUUCAGUUUAGAUUGUCCAAAUACUGCCUGGGUUUAGUCAUUCUGUCCAUUUUCAAUGCAUUCUUUUUAUUGUUGGAAACAAAAUAAACAGCUGUUUAACCCUUUUGAAGUUACCUCA